CGAGUAGUAUUUUUCUAUUGACUGUCCCUUUUUUACGUAAAUGUGUUUAAAUUUAUCAAUAUAUGUGUUGGCAUAAGGGAUGUAACAGAGAUAGUUCAAUUUCUCGACCACCGCCAUAUAUAGUCUUUCGAUUUUUAACAUUUAUAGAUUCAUUUUAUGAUUCUUGACCUCACUUUGUGUGACCACAUGUAAGACUCAUUUCUCGGAUGUAAUUUACGGUCGUGUAUAUUCAUUUAUUCCGUUUUAUCAACAAACUAUUCUUAAUUAAAUUCCUAUGAAAAAGAAUGACAAGAAACUAGCUGUUUUGAAACAGAAAAAAGAGAAUGAACUGUUAGCUAUGGAAACAAAGGAGAUUGAAGAGAGACUGAAGCUUCUUAAAUCGACUCUCUAUUCAGAAUUAACCAAGACAAACAAACUCAAGUAAUGUGAUGACAUAGUUUACAUGCAAUGAUUAGUUCUUCUGUACCGAUUUGGAAAGGUAGUUGUCCAGCCUCUUCAACCGAAAAACAGAAAAGAGAUGCACUAGUUGACGUAUGAAAUUUAUUCAACCCGUUGUGUAUACUUCGUUUUAGAUCAGUGGACUUAAAUUCAAACCUUUGAAGCACAGUCCAACUUCUGAAAGUAGCUUGAUUUACUGAUUUAUGACUUAAUAAGUCAAAACCUCAGAUACAUAUGGUAGUUUAAUCCGAAAAAUAAAUGAAGGCAUGGAACUUACUCCCAUAAACCCUGUCAAUGCUCAUCAGUCUAUGUGUGGACAAUGUGAAGACAAAAACGCUGUUGUUUUGUGCCAGGAAUGCAGUGAACACUACUGCGCUAAAUGUUUUGCAAUGUUUCAUGUGAAAGGAGCACUUAGACGUCACCAUUCGUUGCCUGUUUCGACUUGUAGCUUGAGGUCUGAAUUACGUUCUUGUAAUGAAACUGAUGGUAUUAACAAAACACAAGGACUCAAAGAGUUAAUUAGUAAAGGAUGUCAAAGUUCCUUUAGUAUUGCGACCAAAUCAAAUUCAGCCUUACAAACGGAAGCAAUAAAUGAUCCCUAUCAAUAUGAUCCCCCUACUAAAACGCCGCUAACAACAAAACAAUCUUCGGCCGCAGUCAGUCAUAUAACCCCAACACUAUGUAAAACAUCUGCUUCAGUAGAAAUAUAUUUCACGCCAAGUAUAACUUACGCAGAAAAAUUAUUGCUUCGUUUGCAUCGGAAUUCUAAGCUUCAGCAAUCAAUAAGACAAGACAGCGUAUCUGAAGGGGCUUUCUUGCCAAAUUCAAGUAUUGGACAAGAGAAAAAACAGGAAGAAGUUAUGGAGAAUUUCACAUUAAAUAGGAAUUCAUUUGAUGAAUUACAUAAAUUGGCUACAACACAAAUGCAAUUGAGCAAUGAUAAUCCACAUGUUUUCUCGCAUUCUAAAUUAGACUCAGAAGAGCCUAUUGAUCAAAUUGAUAAAAUAAUGUAUCCAAUUAUUCAUGAAUCGAAUGAAAAUUACUCAAGUAUACCCUUUUUUGAUGAAUCAUUGUGUAAUUUGAUUAAACAAAAAGAAAAUACCGACCAAAUUCACAAUGGACAAUGUUCACAGACUAAUGAUGAAGAUGAUCUUAUCAAAGGAAUUCAUGAGCAUAAUAAAAUUAUAGGUUCAUUAAAUAAUAAACAAAAUAUAUGGCACCCAGUGCAGUCAUUAAUUAAUCCUGAUUCUAAUAUAGUACAUCAAAUCAAUAAAACAAUUAUACGAAACUUGAAUCUGGUUUUAGAUGAACAAUCGCUGAACAAUAUCGACCUACAAGACAGGUUUUUGGACGAUUCAAGAAUAAAGUAAAAUAAUUCGCAAACAUCAGCAUAAUUCAAAGUCAGCGGUAUGUUGUGAACAAAAUAGACAACUUUUAUUUUCUUCUUAUGUAAAAGAAAGCAGUUUAUUCGGGUUUCAUCAAUAAACUGUUUUUUAUUGA